UAGCCUCGAGAUAGAUUCUAAGUGAGAUGACGUAAGGGCGAGGAAGAAAAAAGGGAGGUAAACAUUCUAUGGUGGUCACAAAUGGCUCCAGUUGAUUUGAGGUUGGAUGGGUUUGGCCUUCUUUCAACAAUCUUUGUUAUUAUUGUUACGGUGAUAUGCAAGUUCAUCCUGAAAUUGGGAGAAAAAUGCGAAAAGCCGCAGAUUUAUGUUAGUGAAGCUGGAAAGACAAGCAAGUUGGCUUUAGAGAGAUGCAGGAAGCUGAAGGAACCAUACAAGCCAACCUCCCUUUGGGGCAAAAAUGGACACAUUCAGACAAUCAUCCAUGCUGCAAUUGGAAGAGCUGGCAAGCCAGGACUACUGAAAAGCCGACUGCACACACUCUAUGCAUCUGAUGGUGCCACAGUUACUUACAACUACUACAGCAAAAAUCAAUGUGCUGCAACCAGCAAUUCAGACAAAGAAAACAUCGUGCUUAUUGUGCCUGGAAUUGCAAAUUCUUCCAAGACCGUAUACAUCCAAGCGUUCACAGAAAUUUUGCUUGAUAAUGGCUUUGACAUCGCUGUUUUCAAUCAUCUUGGUGCACACCCAAUUGUAAAGUUGACAUCGCCAAGGAUUUUUACUUAUGGAUGCACAGCAGAUUUGCAUUUAGUUGUUAAGGACCUGAACGAGAGAUUUCCAAGAAGAAAGUUAAUUGGCAUUGGUUUUUCAAUGGGAGGAAAUGUGCUGCUGAAGUAUCUCGGAGAACAACCAGUUCGUCAGAAGUUCUUUUCAUUUGCUUUGUCAAUUUGUCAAGGAUAUGACGUGGUAAAAGCGUCUCCGCUGAUGAUGGAAUGGAAAGGCCUUCGUCGUUUUUAUAACUGGCUGAUAACGAGAAAUUACAAAAAAUUAAUCACACAAAGGCACCGAAAAAGCUUUUUAGAAUUCGAAAGAAAGGGAUCGUUUGAAAGGUUGGAUUGGAGAAAAAUAUCGUCAUCAUCUAGUUUACAGGAAUUGGAUAGCACUGUAAUUAGGCGUUUUGCGAGCUUUGAUGACGUUAAUCAUUUUUAUAAAUGGUGCAGUUCCGCCAAUUACAUGCAAAAGAUAAAAAUCCCAUUGUUGCUGUUGAAUGCACUUGAUGAUCCGCUGGUUCCAGAACUUCUAUUGGAUUCUCCAAAGAAACUCGUGGAUACAAAUAACGAAGUGAUAUUUGUUGUGACCAAACACGGAGGACAUCUUGGAUUCUUUGAAGGAGGAUUUGUCUGCCCAGACAAAACAACAUGGCUGGACAAUGCUCUUUUGGAGUUCGUCUUAAGCAUGGACGAGGAGUUGCGGGGUUUCCAGUUUGACAGUGAUGCGGAAGAGGCGAAAUGGAAUACAACAGAGCUCUUUUCACAAUUUGAUAUCUUACACCUUUGAUAUUUAGAUAUCUUUGGCAAAGACGAUCUCUGUUAACCUCAUCUCUUAAUUCGAUGAAGUUUAACAGAGCCUGCGAAGUCUUAUGUAAAUAUUAAGUCUUUGGCAAAUAUUUUUUGAUGAACAGAAAUCGCAUUUCGAGGUUUUUAGGCUAAUGAAGUUAAGAUUCUUUAAUAAAGUUUAAUUGAGCUUUGUGUUGACAUGAAGUUUUGAGUUAUUUUUUUGCUUUAUUAAAGCAACAAUGUAUAUUUUUCUUUGCUGAAGUUACUUUAUUUAUGCUUUCAGAUAUUUGCUUAUCAUUCCCAUUUUAGUUAUUAUUUUAUUCUGUUCCUAAUUUCAUGUAUCUUACUCAAUUUUUAAAACUGACCUUAAAUUUCUCACUUCAAUAUAACAGACUCUUAUGUCAUUCUGUUUUCUAAUUAGGUCGGCUGAAAUCCAGCACUUUUUCUGUUUUGUGCUAAACACGAAUUGUUUGGUAAUCAUUUCUUUUUGCGAUCAUUAACAGUCUAAUAACAUUAUAUUGACAUUUGCAGUUUAUAAACACCUUUAACAUUAUCUAAUGAAAACAUCAAAUUUUGUUUUCUAAACAAGGUUCGAAUUUUUAGACUAUUUGCGUUACGAACGCUUCGUCUAUUUAAGUAUAUCUGAUCAAAAAUUUUAUUUAAUCAAUACUUGUUUUGUAAUAUGUUUAAAUUCAUGUGUUUAUGAAAUAUUUUUUCAGAUUCGCGAGCUUGGCUUUCUGUUUUCCGUCUCAUUUCAAGUUUCGAAAAGUUGACAUGACUUGCCAGCACACAACGACUUGUUUAAUUGAUAACUGUUGUGCAAGCUGUGACCAAAAAUUCAAAAUUCCCAAUUGAAAGAGAAAGCUGCAUUGGCCGAGGCAUCUCAUCAAUAUUUCCUUCAAGCGUUGACCCUGUGACGGAUCAAUAAAACGGAACCAAUCCGGUCCGCCAUUUUCCCUCUCAUGUUACAUUCUGUCCGCACUUGGAUACAAUGUUCGUUCACCUUUCGUUCACUUAAUUAUAAUGGUUUGUCUCCUUCUCGUACCAUUUUGAAAUCUUGCAGUUUAAAGACCUUUUUAAACGGUGCUAAAUUUUGCAGCUGUACCCGGUUUUAGUAUAACAAGGAACCAAGAUUGCGGAAUGGCGUCUGCAAUGAACACAUUUAUAUAAUCACCUUUUAAGACACAAAAUAUGAACAAUGAAAUCCUGGAUUUAGUUCUUCUCCUGGUUGAAAAGGUUAUUGGUUGUCGAGCUAUUUAGCGUCGUAUAGAUUGACGGGAAUUGACAGCUAACUAUACAUGACUAGGCCGCACUUGUGUCUGUAAUUUCAAUCCUGUAAAUGGCAAUUGGCUUCUAAGAUGCUGAGAGGGUAUCAGGAAUAAACAAAGGAGGAUCCUGAUAAAGAACAAUUCACCAGCUGAAAUUAUCGCCUUUCGAUGAAUUUUUGCACCUUUUUUAGGAAACGUUAGAUGACCCUCAAUCUGAGUCUUGGAUGGCUUAACCUAAGGGCUAAUACGAGGUUAAGGAUGUGAGAACUCCCUACCUGGAAACAUUCAUACUUUUCUUUUUGUGCACCCUGACAACUCGGAAUCCCCUCUGGCAUUUACAAAUUGUCUCAGGUACCACCUUGAAUUCUGCGUUUGCAGCAUUGGUCAAGAGGAAUUUUCACAUUAGGACUCCAAUGGUAACAUUCUCUAUAGGCAGGCGGCACUGAUCGGGUAACCUCACAGCUAUGUGCUCGCUUUUCUGAUUGGACUAUUUCGAUCCACAACUGGAUAUAUAUUUCUUAGCGUAGAGUUUUCGAUCUAUGUUCUGACAUUUUAAACUCUGAAGAGUGUCAGAUGAAAAGCUUUAGUUUACUCAAAUGUUUGCUUCUUUUAAAGCCAUUUGCAAAAAAGGAAACUGUUAUUUUAGGCCAACAACUUGAAGAGCUCCUCGAUAAUUUUUAUCGGUGAUAUUUGAGAAGCGCAGGAAAACAUGUGAUGAAUAAAAAAGGCAACAACACUGUUGAUUGUAAUGUUGUUCUUAGUAUUUAGUGUUUAGGGUUCCAGAUUCCUUAUCCUGGGUUUUAUUUCAACUGGAAAAAUGAUAGAUGUUAAACAAGAGAUCAAUAGCAUUGAAUUGGUGAUAUGUAAAUCCAUGAAAAAUGAAAUAAGCAAUUGUGUGCAAUAAAAAGGGAAUUAAAGGCGAGAUGCUGUAGUGGCUUUUUGAUCUUCCAUGCGAAUUAGAAAAAUAAUUGAUUUGUGCACACAGGAUAUCAAUUUUGAUUUCAACGAAAACCUUAGCCACACCUGACACACAACAAAAGCUGUAUCUUCUUUCAAUUGGCAUCUGAAAAUCCGCCAUUUCUUCUUGAUUGCGUUGGCCCGAAAAUCUCCUUUUUGAAUUAAAGUUUCGAUUCAUGCGCUCGCACCUCAAAACAAUAUUUGCAAUUCGUUAAAAUUCAGCAGCAAAGAUCACACAAUAGAAAUUUGCUUGACAGUUCCUUUGCAAGAGAAAGGCUUUUAGAUAAACAGGCAUGAAAUAAAACUAUACUAGAAUGAAACAAUAAAGUUGUUCUUUAGAAAAUAUUUGAAGAGCUUUUUUUAUAACAAUUUUAAUCCAAGCAUGAACAUUGAAAAUUUUUUCCGGUUGAAGCAAAUUGGGAAAACGUGUAGCAAAUCUAAUUUAUGAGUCACUGUGAAUGGAAAUUCUUGAUAAUUGCAAUCCUUGUUUCUUUGAAUAGGAUUUUGUUUAAAAUGCCUCCUGCCUCAAUCGAAGUAAAAUUAGGAAUAUAAGGAAAUAGAAAUGAUGUUUCCUUGUUCCCUUCUCUUUAAAGCAUUCUAUAAAUCAUAGCUUCUUUUAACAGACAAUUUAACAAUGCUUGACGUAAAAAUUAACAUGAUUUGCACGAAUCUGUCAGGCCAGAAGGUGUCGAAACGAGCUUUGCAUUCUUGUUCGUAGAUGAUUUAAUAACAAAAACCGCAAAGCAGUCAUAAGUGAAAAAACCAGACCAAUAGUUGGUCAUCAAGCAAAUCUAGCCAGCCAGUAGGCGAUAAUAAGUGUCUUUGGUCUGCAUUUUAUGCAAUAGCAUGUUCUCUCCAUUUUGAUUGCCACGUAACAGUGUCAAAAUUUACCGCAUAUUUAACGACUUUAAAUUUCGUCUCAUCGAAAAUCGACACUGUUUUGGUGUUCUGUCGCACAUGUUACAAUAAGCGCGAGAUGAAGCGGAGAUUUUAUCUUCUCUGACAUUUUUCAAGUAUACGAAGAGCAGAAAGUUUGAUCUUCUAUUCUCAAUGUUUUCUUUGCUGAUAACAUUGAUUGUUACUAGAUUGAGGUAACGGCGCAAGAUAGGUGAUUUACAAAAUUGAUCUGCUCCGGUAAAUCCCAUCUGCUCGAAGAAACAUUCUCUGUCUGCUAGGACGGGCAUUUGAUUUAGUAAAGUGAAUUUAAAAACCUUUCCAGGAUAAGCUGUAAGUCUGUACAAACAAAGUGAUAAAAAUCGGCAAGGAAGAUUAGAAAUAUAUUUUGGUGAUUCGAUGAAUGGGAGACAUCAAGCGACCACCUGCCUGACUUGAUGUUUGAAUAACAAACGGAUACGGAGCGUUGCGCCUGCAAAGGGUUUCAAUGUAAAUGGGUGUGUGUCGUGGAUUGAUGACGGCAAGAAGUCAUUGUUCGAUUUGUUGUGGGGAGCUAUAAAGGCUAAACGCAGCACCGAGAGUAGUCAGAAUCGAAGCUCACCGGCAAGAAACAGAUGGUGAUCUGCUAGCAGCUGCUCGUGAAUUCAGUUACGCAGAAUGGCUUCCAAAAUACACAUCGUUUUCUUCGUAUGUGCAGUGCUUGUGUUCGUUGGGGCUGAUAUGUAUUCCAUGGACCCGUAUGAGCGUCUUCCAGAAUACCAGAUAGAUCGUGCUCCCGGUUCCGCAGUUUAUCAUUGGUACUGCAGGCGAAAUCCAUCAAUCGAAGGCUACGCAUACAAGCGAAGAAGGGCCAAGCUGAUGGGCAUGAUUAAUUGUGGAAUGUAAAUUACCAAUUCAAAUCACCAAUUCAAAGUGCAAGAAGACCCAACACUUCAUGCUGUUUUAAAUCUUUUGGUUAGAAGCCGUAACACAUUUCAAAAUAUUGUAAAACUCGCCAAUGGAUAAAUCAAUGUAGAAACCCAA